AUGUCCAAAUACGGCGAUGGAAGCUUCGCCGAGAAGCAGGGCGGCGGCGAGGUCUUGGAUGUGGCUUCUUCCAACAACCAAGGCCAGGUUAUCGACGGUACCAUCUCUCUAGAUGCCAACCACCAAUUGCAGAGAGGUCUCAAGAGUCGACACAUUCAGUUUUUGGCUUUGGGAGGAGCUAUCGGAACAGGUCUCUUCGUCGGUUCGGGUGGUAUCCUAGCCACCGUUGGCCCAGCGCCGCUAUGGCUGGCAUAUCUCUCCAUGAUGCUUCUUGUCUGGAUCGUCAUGAACUGCAUCGGCGAGAUGAGCACAUACCUUCCCCUUAGAGGCAUCACACUACCAUACUUCACCGAGCGCUUCGUCGAUGCCAGUUUAGGGUUUGCCGCUGGAUGGAAUUAUUGGUAUGCGUACGCCAUCCUUGUUGCUGCUGAAGCCUCCGCCGGCGCCAUCCUCCUCAACUACUGGGACACACCAGUUCCCACCUGGGCUUGGAUCACCAUCAUCCUCGUUGUCAACCUGGUCUUGAAUAUCAUUGCGGUCGAGGUCUUUGGCGAGGCCGAGUUCUGGUUUGCCAGCAUCAAGUUCAUCACCAUCAUGGGGCUCAUCAUUGUUGGUCUCGUCAUCAUGCUGGGAGGCGGACCAAACCACGAGCGGUUAGGUUUCCACUAUUGGAACGAUCCGGGAGCGUUCAAAGAGUAUCUCGCACCUGGUGCCACGGGCAGGUUUGCCGCAUAUUGGACAGCCUUCAUCCGCGCCGGGUUCAGCUUCAUCACCUCCCCCGAACUCAUCGGCCUUGCUGCUGGUGAGACUGUCGCACCUAGACGCAACAUUCCCAAGGCUGCCCGCCGUUUUCUGGGUCGUCUGGCCGUCUUCUAUGGUAUCAGCUCCUUGAUCGUAGGCUGCAUUGUUCCCUCGGAUAACAAGCACCUACUUUCCGGCUCCUCAGACGCCAGCGCCAGUCCCUGGGUUAUUGGUAUCCAGCUCGCCGGUAUCAGUGGAUUGAACCAUGUUAUCAACGCUGCCAUUCUGACCUCUGCCUGGUCCGCUGGUAACGCGUUCUUGUACUCGGGAUCCCGCAUCCUGUAUUCGCUGGCCCAAAACGGCCAAGCCCCCGCCAUUUUCACCAGAACCACCAGGCGUGGUGUUCCAUAUACCGCCGUCUUGAUGACCUGGGCAUUCUCCUUGCUUGCGUACCUGAACGUAUCCAACAACGGCGCUCAGGUGUUUACCUGGUUCUCCAACCUUUCCACCAUCUCAGGAUACAUCGGCUGGAUCGUUCUUCUCAUCACUUAUCUUCGAUUCCGUCAGGCGCUCAAAGUCCAGGGACUCUUGGCGACACUGCCCUUCAAAACUCCGGGUCAGCCAUAUGCGGCUUGGUUUGCGCUGGUCAUGAUCAGCAUCUUGACGCUCACAAACGGAUUUCAGGUGUUUGUCCACUGGAACUACAAGGAUUUCCUUGCGGCGUACAUCACCUUGCCUGCUUUCCUUGUCCUGUACUUUGGCCACAAGAUCUGGCACAGGACGCGGUUCCAUAAGCCCGCUGGUGAGAUUGAUGUCUUGACGGGCAAGAAGGAGAUGGACGAUAUGUGCGCGAAUGACGUGGACCCGGUUCCGAAGAACUGGUUGGAGAAGAUCUGGUUCUGGAUUGCAUGA